CGCCUGCUGAGGCAGCUGUCUGCAGUUCUGCUUGAUGGCUUUUGCCGGCUGCCCUCCUCUCGGGGGCUCAACGAUGUCCUUGCACUGCCGAUCUUCAAGCAGGAAGAACCGCAGCUGUCUCCUGAGAAUGAUGCCAAACUGCCUCCCUUUCAGUAUGUCCUCUGCACAGCCACGUCACCUGCUGUGAAGCUGCAUGAAGAAACCCUGACCUACCUCAACCAAGGUCAGUCUUAUGAAAUCCGUCUACUUGAGAAUAGGAAAUUGGGAGAGUUUCAAGAUUUAAACACAAAAUAUGUAAAGAGCAUAAUUCGUGUAGUUUUCCAUGAUCGACGCCUGCAGUACACAGAGCAUCAGCAGCUCGAGGGCUGGAGGUGGAGUCGGCCUGGGGACCGCAUCCUUGAUAUAGAUAUUCCGCUGUCAGUUGGUAUCUUGGAUCCCAGGGCCAGCCCCACCCAGUUGAACACUGUUGAAUUUCUGUGGGAUCCAUCAAAGAGAGCCUCAGCAUUCAUUCAGGUACAUUGCAUCAGCACAGAAUUUACUCCACGGAAACAUGGAGGAGAGAAAGGGGUGCCCUUCCGGGUGCAAAUCGACACGUUUAAGCAGAAUGAAAAUGGUGAAUACACAGACCACUUGCAUUCUGCAAGCUGCCAGAUCAAAGUGUUCAAGCCUAAAGGAGCAGACAGAAAACAGAAGACUGACAGGGAAAAAAUGGAGAAGAAGACCACCCAAGAGAAGGAGAAGUAUCAGCCUUCCUAUGAGACAACUAUUCUCACAGAGUGCUCUCCCUGGCCAGAUGUGCCUUAUCAAAUGAACAAUGCUCCAUCCCCAAGCUACAACAGUUCUCCCAACAGCUUCAACCUUGGAGAUGGCAACAGUUCUCCAACCCACCAAGUGGAGCUCCUGCCUCCCAGCAAUGAUCAUCUCCUUCCUUCUGCUUCUAUUCAAGAUGCCCAGCAGUGGCUUCAUCGUAAUAGGUUCUCUCCAUUCUGUAGACUCUUCUCAAGUUUUUCGGGUGCUGACUUACUGAAGAUGUCCAAAGAAGAUUUUGUUCAAAUCUGUGGGCCUGCUGAUGGAAUUCGACUCUUUAAUGCAAUCAAAGGAAGAAAUGUAAGGCCCAAGAUGACAAUUUAUGUCUGUCAAGAACCAGAGCAAAACAGGUCCCAUCUCCACCAAAAACGAGAAAACGGAGAUGGCAGUCUUUGUGUAUAUCAUGCAAUCUUCUUGGAAGAAUUGACCACGCUGGAAUUAAUCGAGAAGAUUGCAAACUUGUACAGCAUUUCUCCACAGCAGAUAAAUCGAAUCUAUCGGCAGGGACCCACAGGGAUCCAUGUAUUAGUGAGCAAUGAGAUGGUGCAAAACUUCCAAGAUGAAUCUUGUUUUGUUAUCAGCACAUUAAAAGCUGAAAGCAAUGAUGGCUACCACAUCAUUUUAAAAUGACCGUGCUGCACAGAAAGACUUUAACAGCCUAAAAUUUAGUGCCUCACUGAGAUUGCUACAACCUAGACUGGAAACAUGAAGAACCUUCUGGAUAAAAUGCUCCUAUGAACUAAGAAUUACCAAACAGUUUAAGGAAAAACUUGCUUUUACAGAUAUACAUUUUUGGUGGUGUGUGGUUUUGGGUUUUUUUGAAGCUGGAGCUGAGAACAUCCUCAAAGCUUGUACAUGUUUCUUCCUCCCUCCCUUCCUCUUCAGUCUUAAAAAUGUCGAGGUUUCUGCUUAUUACUUAGAAAC